CUAAGGUUAAGAUUAGGUAUGGGUGAAGGUUAGUCUAUAUCUGCCCGAUUACCCGACAUUUUUUUGUACAGAGGAUUUUGUACAAAUUACUGGCAGGAGAAACUGAUUUCCAUGGGGGGAACAGAAUUCUUCGUAACACCUGGGGGCAAAUCAGGUAAACGAAAAACGUAAUAAUUUUAAAUCGUAAAUAUACUAAAGCUCAUACAACACGGUACUUUAAAAAAGUCUUCAUUCUGCUUUCUUAGAUACGCUUUCUAUGGCGUACGGGCGCAAACCUAACACAACACGACAAACGGAAAUCUUUAUUCCAAUUGGUCUGGGACUUGCAGUCUUUUUGUCGUGACUUUCACUUUCUACGAUGGUGAACAUCGAAAUACAAAAAUACAACCUCCAUCAUUCAAAGAAGGCAGGAUCAAUACAGCCAUUGACCAACCACACAGUGGAAACUCUGGCCAUCACCAAUAUCAGCUAGACACGGGAGAGUGCAUUUUCUAAAAUUCAAUCAUUUAUGUUUUUGAUCCCAAAUAAAGAACAAUUAAAUACAAUUUCAACUUUAACGCGGUACUCCAUUUGCUGUGGCUUGUGUAAUAAUUAUUUCCCAAUAGAUUCUACCUAUUAAAUAAAAUAACAGCUCCCCCUCUGCUAUUCAGUGCGAUGGUACUGUCCAGGCCCCGCUGUCUCCUUGGCGCGUAUUAAAUGUAUUUGUCUUGAGUCGGAGGGAUUUUUUUUGCUUAUUGUCGGUAAACGUUCAGUGUGAGUGGUUGUCUUUUCAUCUGCUCUGUCUGUUGAUCGCUCGCUAGAUAUGUCUUUCAGGCACAGUUCAAGCCGCCGCGAACAGGAUGAUGUCAGUGAAUUGUAUGACAGGAGAAGACCCCCGGCAAGAUGGUCCCAGGGCAGGAAGCGUGGAGCAGACGGGAAGCUGAGACGAGACGGAGAUACCGAGUCCACUGUGUUUGAUGAUGGAGAGAUCGAGAAACACAGUCGCACAUACUCGGACAAUAGACCGUCUAGUUUUACAACUCCUGAGGGAGAUGGGCCCACCCGCAGGUGUACAGACUGGGGCAGUGCUGUGGAACAAGAAGAGUUAAGAACAGACGUCAGGAGAGAUAUGCAAAGGUACAGAAGAAGAAUCUUGGUUAAUGACUUUAAUGAAAGAGAAAGGACAAUCUCCUCUGAAAGCUCAGAUUCAAGGGAUUCACCUGUACCUACAGAAUUGGAAACGGAUGAAGGGGUGCUUAUGAGAAGACAGAAGCAGAUCAACUAUGGGAAAAAUACUAUUGCUUAUGAUCGCUACAUCAAGGAAGUUCCAAAGCACCUUCGUCAAGCAGGAGUUCACCCUAGGACACCCAAUAAGUUUAAAAAAUACAGCCGGAGGUCUUGGGACCAGCAGAUACGACUCUGGAGGGUUACUCUACAUGCUUGGGAUCCACCGGCAGAGGAAGGCAGUGACUUGCAAGCAAUUCAAGAGAUUGAUCUGGAUGACAUGGAGAUCCAGUCUGGGGCCAGCAGUUCAACAGAAUCAGGGACAAGUUCACAGUCUUUGAAUGUGGGCAAAGCUCCUGCAACAACACCAGAGGAUUCUUGUACUGGCACCCCUAACAAGAUGAGGCGCAUGGAUGCUCAGAUGGAAGCAGGGUUUGAUUUGGAGUCAUGCUUGAUUGAAGCUCAGGACAACAGCUGGCUCUCUGCUUCUUAAUGUGCUGAUCCAGAAGAUACCUUAUUUUAAAAAAUAUGUAUAAUAUCCAUGGUAGCUUAAAUUCAUACAGACUUUUGGGGGUGGGAGGUAACAUGAAAGCAUGAGGGGGAAAAAGUCAAUCUUCUCUGUCAUCUAAACAGAUGGGACAUCAAAUCCUUAUCUCUUCUAGCCCCUUUAACAAAACAAAGGUAUGUCUUUUCAGAAUGUAGUUCCUGCAUUUGGAUUCAAUUCUGGAAAUCUUUAAACUCACAUUUAAUCUUGAAUGCAGCAAGUGUUCCAUAAAGCCAUUGGGAGGGGAGGGGCUUUUUUGCAUAUUUUCCUCAAUUUAUUUGGUUUGGUAAUUGCUUUGAUGCUGUUUAUCUAUGUAUAGUGUAUACUUUUUUUGUUUUAAGGAGGGCUGCUCAUUAUGGGUUGCUGAUAUUGCAUGUUUAGAGGUGCGAACAUUUUUAAACCUAGUUUGUGGAGCUCCUUCGUUUUUGUUUCGACCACUUUUUUUUUUUAUCCAGUGCCCUUUUUAUUUUCAUUUUCAAAUGACGGUUGGUUGCCGUCUAAGUGACCAAACCUGUCAGAACUAUGACCUGUUUCUGCAGUAUGAUUUCUUCCCAGAUGUUUCUCCCUUCUAUUAUACAAGCAGGAUUCUUGUUGAGAAAUGAAGAGAUUGCAAACCCAAAAUGUGUGCUAAUAUGUUCUAUUCCAGUUUAUUAAAGCAUUGCAAAGUGUGUUUUGCUGGGUGGUGGAAGGGUGAAUGAAAGCAGGUAAUCAUUGUCUGUUUAUACUGCUGGCAGGACCUUCUUGCUUUUGGCUUAAUAAUAAUAAUAAUAAUAAUAAUAAUUUUUUUUUUGAAUGAUACCUGAAUACUUGGAAGUUUUUGUAAAACUGGUGUGCGGGUGUAUAUAAUUUUUGUUCAAGCACAGCUCCCAAUUUUAUUGUAAAUAUUUGGAAUGAGUGUUGAGUGUGCUAAUAUUUUGAAUACUGUGUUUUUCAUAUUGUUUAUUCUGACUUUUUUAAAAUUGCUGUAACAGUAUAAUAAAUAAGUACAUGUCAUGUAUCUGCUGUAUUCAGAUUCAUUCUACAUUAAAUGUAUACCUGCUUUACUAUC